CGCGCCUUUCCACGCCACCAGCCCCGGGGGAAGAGACGGGGCGGGGACCUGGCAGAAACUGGGCUGCACGACUGGGAGCCAGGAGAGGCAGGGCGCCUCCCCGCCUUCGCUGCGGUGACCUCCGCGGUCCUCCCGGCCGCUGCGCCCGCCCCAGGACGCCGGCGCCGGGUCCCCGCGCGACCACCUCCUGGCGCUGGCACUCCCCUCCUCCUCCUCGCCCGCCCCUCCUCCUCCUCCUCUUCCGUUUCUCAGGGAAAGGCUGUAGCCUCCUUCUGGGCUCCGCAUCCCCGCUUAGGUAAUCCUCUUUCCUGCUUACGCCACCCCCUCCCCGGUGUCCCCGCGCCGGCGUCUCCUCCUCCUCCUCCGCGGCACAUCUGGGUCCCCGCGAGCGAGCGGCGCGCGCUCCAUCGCCUCCGCGGAGGGCAGCUGAGAGCCAGAGGGUGGGUGAGGCUUGCGAGAUGUCAGACAUCCUGCGGGAGCUGCUCCGGGUCUCUGAGAAGGCUGCCAACAUCGCGCGGGCCUGCCGGCAGCAGGAGGCCCUCUUCCAGCUGCUCGUCCAGGAGAAGAAAGACGCAGAGAAGAACAAGAAGUUCGCUGCAGAUUUCAAGACCCUGGCGGAUGUGCUGGUGCAGGAAGUUAUAAAACAGAACAUGGAGAACAAGUUUCCAGGCUUGGGGAAGAAAGUUUUUGGAGAAGAAUCCAAUGAGUUCACAAAUGAUUUGGGGGAAAAGAUCACUGUGGAAGUACGGUCCACAGAGGAGGAGACAGCAGAGCUUCUCAGCAGAGUCCUUGAUGGCAACAUGCUGGCGUCUGAAGCGUUGGCUAAGGUGGUGCAUCAGGAUGUGGACUUAACUGACCCCACUCUGGAGUCCCUGGAGAUCCAGGUCCCACAGGACAUUCUGGGAAUUUGGGUGGAUCCCAUCGAUUCAACCUAUCAGUACAUUAAAGGUUCUGCCGACGUGAAGUCCAACCAAGGAGUUUUCCCCAGUGGACUUCAGUGUGUGACCAUUUUAAUUGGCGUCUAUGACAUCCAGACAGGCAUGCCCCUGAUGGGAGUCAUCAACCAACCUUUUGCGUCUCAAAACCUGACGACGCUAAGGUGGAAGGGCCAGUACUACUGGGGCCUUUCUUACAUGGGGACCAACAUCCAUUCCCUGCAGCUCGCCACCUCGAAAGGGAACGACGGAGAAACCCAGACUGAAAACGCAGACGCGGAGUCCUCCCGGCCCUGUUCUGCGGUCAUCAGCACCAGCGAAAACGAGGCGGUCAAAGCCGCGCUGUCGCGGGUGUGCGGGGGCCGCGUCUUCCCUGCGGCUGGGGCCGGCUACAAGAGCCUCUGUGUAGUCCAAGGCCUGGUGGACAUUUACAUCUUCUCAGAGGACACCACGUACAAGUGGGACUCCUGUGCAGCUCACGCCAUUCUGAGGGCCAUGGGUGGGGGCAUUGCAGACAUGAAGGAGUGCUUGGCGAGAAGUCCCCAAACGGGGCUGGACUGGCCACAGCUGCUGUAUCACGUGGAAAACAGAGGCGCCUCCGGGGUGGACCUCUGGGCCAACAAGGGAGGACUGAUCGCGUACAGGUCCAGGCAUCGGCUGGACUCCUUCCUGAGCUGCCUCAUCCAAAACCUCGGGCCUUUGAAGACACAGCAGACGUAGGACUCUGACCUCAACUCGCCCUUGAACCGAACUGAACCUCUUCUUGUUAAUCUCUAUCUGUCAAAUAUAGUUUCGUCCUGUUGAUGGUUAAUGUUCACCGUCCCCUUUUGAGGAACAUUUUCCCCAUUAUGUGUUCAUAAUGUUAAUUUCAGUAAAUUAAUGACAUUCGUGUCACAGCUCAGUUGGUAUAUGAUAUUCUUAUAGUGAACGUUGUGCUGUUAAUGUUGCUUGGAGACCAUCAAUAAAGUACCAAGGGAGGAGCAAAAA